CCACAGGCUAUGCUUUAACCGGGUCGGCCACUUUUGGACACACCAAACCCUGUCUAGCUCACUCUGCUAUUCUUACUUUCUGGAGCUCUUUUUUAUCAAAAUUAGGGUUUUACCAAACGCUUGGAUUAGUUGUUUGAAAUUGUCUCUGUAGAAAAUGGCGGAUGAAGCUAGCAGAACGGCAUUUAUGGAGAUCCAAGGUCGUAUGAUUGAGGCAACGGGAAAGUUGAAACAGGUGCAAGCUCAAAUGCGUAACAAAGAGGGAGAAAAGAAACGUGCUUUCCUGACAUUGGAGGAGCUUCGGCAAAUGUCUGAUGAUACAAACACAUACAAAUCAAUUGGGAGAACGUUCAUUUUGGAGCCCAAACCUGUAUUGGUGGCUGAGCAGGAAAAGAAGUUCACAGACAGUGAAUCCGCCAUUGCGUCGUUGCAGACAUCCAAGGAGUACUUAGAGAAGCAGAUGGUAGAAAUUGAGAACAACUUGAAAGAGCUCUUACAGCAAGACCCAGGCCUCGCUCGCCAGAUAAUGUCAAUGAGUGUGUGAUGUGAGCCUUCAUCUUUUCCAAGUAUCAAUAUCAGGGCAUCUCGGUUUUCUUCUUUUUUCUCUUCCGUUUUGAAAACUAGCAGGAAUAUGUUUCAUUUGCUUGAUGUGCAAAUAUAAUUGAUUUUCAUACUCCACAAUUUGUCCUUGUUUUCAAAUGAAUGAAAUGGUAAUAUGUCAGAAAUUGAUACUGGAUUGCAAAUGUAUCAUUGCUUCCAAUGACUCCUCA